AUGGCGAGGAAUGAUAGCAUGCCAGCGACAGCCACACUGGUUGAUGUGGAGGGCAGAAGUCUGAGGGAGAAAGAGCAGUUUUAUGAAACUCUACAGGAAAUGACAGAAACAAUAAGACAUCACGAGAAUGUCAUUGUCAUGGGAGACAUGAAUGGACAUGUCGGACAGAAUAGAGAUGGAGUAGAGCACGUCAUCGGAGAGUUUAGCAUUGGCGAAAGGAACCAGGAGGGAGAAAGAAUAAUAGAUUAUUGUGUGAUGAAUAACAUGUCCAUUAUGAAUACUUAUUAUAAACAUCAGGAGAGCCAUAAAUGGACAUGGUAUCGGUGGAAUGCAGCACAACAAGGAUAUACUGAGAGGUCAAUGAUUGACCUGUUUCUCACCAACAAGAAAAACAUAUUUAAAGAUGUUAGGACCAUACCAUCUGUGUCCUUAGACUCUGACCACAGGUUGGUGGUGGCUAAAUUAAAAAUUGUAAAACCAAAGGAAAAAGUCAAGAAAAAGCAAAAGAGAUUCAAACUGGAAAACCUCAAGGACGAAGAGAAGAAGCAAGCACUGCGGCAACUGGUAACAUUACGAAAACCAACCGAACUGGAAUUGGAAGAAAUGAACAUAGAAGAAGAAUGGAAUAAAUUCAAGAACACCGUGUAUGGGGCAGCUGAGGAGACAGUUGGUAUUAAAAUCAAAUAUGGAACCAAAAAGAAAAGUACUGCAUGGUGGACUUAUGAUGUUAAACUAACAAAACCACAGGAGAUUGAAGAAAGAUGGAGAGAAUACUUCCAAGAACUUCUAAAUGUGGAGGAUGUGGAACUGCCAACGCCGGCUGUACAUGGUGUUUUCUCUCAGCUGCUCAUGAACACUGGUGACGAGAACGCUGAAGAGAAAUGA